UUCUUUUCUCUUAAGUGUGGGAAUUAGGGUCAGGACUGGCAGGUGCAGGACUUGCCAUGGCCAUGCCCCUUAAUCCCGGCAGUGCUGAGCAAGGCCUUCCAUCCCAGCCCCCGAUCCAGCCAGCUGUCUGACUGUGAGUCAGGAUGACAGAGGAAGGUGAUGUGGAUGAGGGGGAUGUGUUCCUGGCAUUUGCCCAGGGUCCCUCUCCUCCCAGGGGUCCCAUGCGACGUGCCUUGGACAAGGCUUUCUUUAUCUUCCUGGCCCUCUUCCUGACACUGCUGAUGCUGGAGGUUGCUUAUAAGCUGCUGUGGUCACUACCAUGGGCAAAGUUAGGGGACUGGCUCCUGGAGACACCUCAGAAGGAGGAGGAGCUGGAAUUGUGA